AUGGCUCCUUUUGUAGACCAGAACGCACAGGCUGUCAAAUUCUUGGAGCAGCCUUGGCGAGGUGAGAAAGUCCUUCAGCUCAGGACAGGGAAGAUCAAACCCGUGUUUGGAAAGGAAAGAUCGGCUAUCUUCAAGCAUGAACGCUCGGGUGCGGUCACCGUCACACCUUUGGGACUCGAAGGCGACGAGCACGCCUUCGAGUUCCACGGUGGCCCCGAGAAAGCACUCAUGCAGUAUAGCCUGGCGCACUAUGCGCGCUGGAGAGCUGAACUACCGCAGAGUCAUGACCUAUUUGUCAAGGGCGCCUUUGGCGAGAAUAUCGUCGCAAGACAUGCCAAUGAGCGUAAUGUUCAUAUCGGCGACAUUAUACAAAUAGGCAACGUUAUCGCCCAAGUUUGCGACCCUCGCCAGCCUUGUUUCAAACUAAACCUGCGCUUCCAGGUAAAAGACAUGGCAAAGCGAAGCCAGGACCUUUUUCGCACAGGAUGGUUUUAUAGGAUCCUUAAGCCCGGUACCAUCCAGGCUGGAGACGAAAUGUUGCUCUUGGAGAGGCUGAAUCCAGACUGCCCAGUGUCCAAGGUUCAAUACUAUUUAUACCACGACGUGAAGAACGAACAAGCUAUGAGAUCACUAGUCGAUAUGAAAGGUCUAGGGUCCGAGUCGCGAAAUAUUUUCCUCAACAGGCUAAAGAAGCAGUACGAGGACCAGUCCCUUCGUCUCGAUGGAAUGGCUAUGGAUAUCUGGUCUGAUUACAAACUGUCGUCAAAGAAGAAGGAAACGCCACGUAUCGUUUCCUUGAUUUUCGAAGCACAGGAUCCUAGAGAGAAGCCGGAUCCGGUAUUGCCAGGGAGCCAUGUGCGACUGCGCCUAGGGGGCAAGCUAGUCCGGGCAUACUCGGUGGUCUCUGGAGAUUCGAAUCGCUUUCAAUUGGUUGUUGCACUUAGCGAGUCGAGUCGUGGUGGCUCGCACUAUAUCCAUACUCAAUUGAAUGUAAACGACACUCUAGAGGUUGGAAAGAUGACAGCAAGCUUCCCUCUCUCCGGUGUUGCUGAAUGUGAGAAGCAUAUCUUUGUCGCCGGUGGAAUUGGUCUCACAGCAUUUAUUGCAUCGGCACAAUACUGUCAACGUGGCGGCUACCCAUACCAUCUACACUAUCUUGUACGGAAUACGGAUGACGUAGCACUGAAAAACUACCUCCAGGAGUUCGGGAAUAACAUCACAAUCUAUGAUAAGUCUAUGGGCAAAUUCUUCGACAUUACUAAUAUCUUGGGCCAAGUCAACGACAGAACGCAUGUUUACUGUUGUGGAUCGGAAAGAUUACAGAAAGCUGUCGAAGAGACUGCAGCGUCAAUGGGAAUAGACCGUUUGCGUCUACACUUUGAGCAAUUCGAAAUCAGCACCUCGGGAGAUCCUUUCACGGCUGCAUUGUCAGAUUCAGGUAAGCAGAUUGAGGUCGGCGGCGAUAAAACACUAUUAGAUGCACUUCGCGAUGCGGGACUCGAUAUCCCAUCGUCGUGUGAGGCUGGCAACUGCGGUACAUGCCGAGUUGGGCUUAAAAGUGGCAAAGUUGAGCAUAGAGGGACUGGGUUAUUAGGCGCCGAAAAGUGCUCGGCCAUGUUGAGUUGCGUUUCUCGGGGAAUUGGUACGAUUGUCCUAGACUUGUAA